AUGACACCAUUUCUGCGUUCUAAUAGAGAUGUAAGUAAGGUUGAUAUCGAUGAGGGAAUAGCAUUGAAAGAGACCUUGAGAAGAAGUCUAACGGAUCCCGAUAACGUGCUCCUGAGUUGGGAUCCCACCCUUGUUAACCCUUGUACUUGGUUCCACAUCACUUGCAAUCAAGAUAAUCGAGUCACUAGAGUAGAUUUAGGUAAUACACACCUAUCAGGACAUUUGGUACCAGAACUUGGGAGGCUUCAACAUUUGCAAUAUUUGUAUGUUAACAAAAAUAACAUCCAAGGAACCAUCCCUACUGAACUUGGGAACUUGAAGAGCCUUAUCAGAUUGGAUCUAUACAACAUCUCCGGCACCAUGCCUCCUUCGCUUGGGAAACUGAAGUCUCUCGUAUUCUUGCGACUUAAUGACAACAGACUAACUGGACCUAUCCCUAGGGAACUUAUUGGGGUUUUGCCUAAAGUUGUUGAUAUGUCAAAGAAUGAUUUGUGUGGAACAAUUCCUACCAGUGGACCAUUUGAGCACAUUCCUCUAAACAAAAAAAACCCUCGAUUGGAAGGUCCGGAGUUGUUGGGGCUUGCUAGUUACGACACAAACUGCUCGUGAAGGACAAAGUGAUGCUACAAAGCUUGGAAUUAGUUGUGUACUCGCAAGAUCUUGAGUGUAUUAUCACACUAUAAAUGUGGUUUGUGAGAUGCAAUCCUUCAUAUAAGUAUCUGUAAAUCAGAAUUUAUUAGUAUUUGUAACUGAAACUAUGAUGCUCUUCCUAAGGUGGUGUAGACAAGCUAGUAUUUGAUGUAAUAGCAGCAACAAGUUUACCACUGGUGUGCAUCCUUAAAAUAGCUUCCCACUUAUUUGCCA